CUGCUGCUGCUGCUGUCAUCAUCGCUGCUCCAAAAAAGCCCCAAGCCCCAAGUCCACGCAACUGUUUGUUUUUUGCCUUAAAUUCGCGCGGAGUUGGCCAAAUUUCGGUGACAGUGGUGCCCGCCAGCAGGCAGUGCCUUAAAGAAGUGCAACAAGUGGCUUAACUCGCUUUUUACAACGUUCCCCAGUGCCUUACACCGACAACGUACUCACACCAAUACGAAUCUACCUGCCCAACCAAUCGCGCGAGUGUGUGUGUGUGUGUUUAAGAAACAACAAAAACAACAACAAGUUGCUGCUUUCGUCGCAGUUUCCGAGAGUGUGUGUCUGUUAAAUUACGCCAAGAAAAAUGUUAAUUAAUGCUUAAUUUAAUUAACAAUAGCACUGCGAGUCGAUCAAAAGAGUGAGCGUGAGCGAGAGAGAGCUAAAGAUAGAGAUCUGAUCAGAUCUUUGAGAAAAUAUCCCCAACGCGAGGAUCUGUAUCGCGUAUAACCCAUAAGUCUGGUUUAUAAAUAUAGAUUACAAGUGCACUUAAGCAAACGAGCAACAAUAAUUAACUCAACAAAUAAAACGACUACAGCUACAGAUAAGCAACUCAAGUCAACUCAACUCAAGUCAACGGCUACGUGACGUACUAUAUUUGCUUAUCACUAAUUCAGGAGAUAGAUAGACCCACCGACUAACGCGACCACCGAGGGACAGGCCCCAGGCUAGUGACAAUACAAUGGAGUCCAUGGAGUACGAGAUGGCACGCAAUAUGACGCUGCUGUUCUUCCUGGAGCGCCUACUCGACAAGGGUGAGCCGCGCACCGUGCACGAUCUGUCGUGCCAGUUUGGCAACAAGGAGUUCACCAAGGAGAUGCGCCAAAUAGCCGGCGGCAGUCAAUCGGGUCUGAAGAAAUUUCUCGCCCAAUAUCCAUCAAUAUUCCUCGUGGAUGGGGACUAUGUGCAGGUGAAUGCCUAUCAGCACAGCAAUGCGGACGAUGGCGGGGCGGGCGGCAAGCGUGAUUACAUUCAAGAGGCUAAAGACUACUUCAAGAACAAGAUGCUGCAGUACGGUGCGGCGGCCGAGGUGCCGGUGCGCAGUCUGCUCGGACAUCGGUCCCAGGCAUCGCCACAAGUUCGUCACAUAUCGGGUCAACAUAUCAAGGAGUUUACGGACUUUCUCACCAAGCACACGGACACGUUCAAGGUCAUCGAUGACUUUGUCAUGCUCGUGGGCUGCGAGAAUAUGACUGACUUGCCGCGGGAUCGACUGCACUUGCCGCAGUCCAACAUCGACACGCGCGGCACGCAGCAGAUGCUCGACUUCUUUGCGCAGUGCAUUGAGAUCAAGGGGCCGCUGCUGGUGGAUCAGCUGUUCCAUUUGCUGACCACCAACUUUCCGCAGGACCAGUGGCUGCGCAUGUUCAAGACGCCGGGGGAUCUGAGCUCCUUCCUGAAGCUCUUUGGCGAUUGCUUUCACAUCCAAGCGAAUCUAGUCACGUUGCUGCAGAAGCCCAAGCUGAGUGACACGCACAUACAGCAGGCCCAGGCCCAGACCAGGGAGCAAUUCAAUGCGCUGAACAACAAUAACAACAACAAUUCGAAUCCCAGUCGCAAGGUGGAUGUGGCUGGAGCUGCACUCAGCUCCGUGCAGCAGCGCUUGCAGUCUCCAUCGCUGCGCAGCAAUGGCUAUGCCAGCAGCAACAACAAUGCCAAUAGCAGUAGCCUCAGCAGCAGCAACAGCAACAACAACAACAAUAGCAUAGCAUCGCCCAAUUUCAAGCUGAAUGCACCCGUGUCCAAUGUGCUGGGACAGGGCUUUGGGCAGCCCAAAUCGGAGCCGAGUUCUGGCUUCGACAGCUACGUGCCCAUGUCGGAGCUGAAGCUGGAAAACCUCUGCGAGAACAACUAUCCCAGUGGGAACAUAUGCUACGGCCCCAUCGGGGGAGGAGCAGGAGGAGGAGCCACACAGCAGCAGCCACAGCAGCCACAACAGCCGACGCCUGCAGUUGGCACAACGAACCCCACGGAGAGGGUGAACAGCGUCAACCAAACGCUGAAGCAGCGCAUAAACACUCUGGUCAUACGCACGCUGGCGGAGAACCUCGAAAAGGAUAACAAAUCGCUGGCCAAUCAAAGCUCACCGCACGCCAGUCCCUUGCAUUCCACAAGCAAUCCGAAUAGCAACUCCAGUGCCAGUGCCAGUGCCAGUGCCAGCUCCAAUCCAACCCAAGCCAAUGCCAAUCACUCCUCACCUAGUCACAGCUACUUUGUCGGCGACACGUGGAAGAUCAAGGUGCUGCAGAACACGACAGUCAUAGCGAAUGUAAAGCAAUCGGUGUUCGUCACCGACAUCCUCCUUAAGUAUGCGGCCAAGAACGAGGGCAUUGUCGUCUCCCUCGACUGUGAGGGCAUCAAUCUGGGCCUCAAGGGCGAAAUCACGCUGAUCGAGAUUGGCACAGCCCGCGGCGAGGCGUUCCUCUUCGAUGUGCAAUCAUGCCCCGCCAUGGUCACGGAUGGCGGACUCAAGACCGUGCUGGAGCACGAGCAGGUCAUCAAGGUCAUCCACGACUGCCGGAACGAUGCGGCGAACUUGUAUCUGCAAUUUGGCAUCCUGCUGCGCAAUGUGUUUGACACACAGGCGGCGCACGCGAUUCUGCAGUACCAGGAGAACGGCAAGCAGGUCUACAAGGCCAAGUACAUAUCGCUCAACUCGCUGUGCGAGCAAUACAACGCGCCCUGCAACCCCAUCAAGGAUCAGCUGAAGCAGAUCUACCGACGGGAUCAGAAAUUCUGGGCCAAGCGGCCGCUCACCCGCGAAAUGAUGCUGUAUGCCGCUGGCGACGUUCUGGUUCUCAUUCACGAUCAACUCUUUGGCAGUCUGGCGCGCCAGAUUAAGCCGGAGAAUCGGCAACUCUUCUCCGAGCUGUGCACCGAGCAAAUCCUGCUGCAGAUCAAGCCCAACGAGGUGAAGAUACGCAAGAAGCAGCGCAAAGUGAGCACCGAAGUGUCCGACCUGAAGCUGAAACUGGCGCAGACCAGCAAGAGCAUUGUGCUCUCGAAUCGUGAGAUUCGCUUGCUGCGGUACAUGGAUCUAACGGAGGACGAAAAGGAGCGCCUCAAGGGCUACUACAAGGUGGCCAAGAAGCUGGAGAAAAUGGAGUCGGCCGGCAAUCCCAGCAAAGAUCAAAGUGACUCGGAAGACGAGGCGGAAGCCAAUGAAAACGAAAUGUUUCCCAGCUUGGACUCUGUGCCAUCGGAUAACUCCCUCUCGGGCACCUUUUCGCCACGCUUUAGCUCGGAGCCACCCAGCCUCACGGAAUCCAUGCAGAUGCUGGAGGAAAUAUUGCAGAACAAGUCAAUGGAUCGCAUUGCGCGCAUCGAUAAGCUGGAGGCCAUACUGACGACUGCGACCACGCUGCCAUGUGAUCAGCUACUGGCCAACAAUUCGAUACAGGAGCAGUUGGGUUCGAGCAUUGCGACCACAGAUAACUUGCAAAUUAUACGCGAAAAGUCGAGAAACAACCGAAAUUGCAACUGCCAAGGCGAGCGCAGUGUCACGCCCAUUCUGCGCACGAUGGACAAGCGUGUGGUGAAGCUGGUGGAUGCCGAAUCGCAAACGCUGAGCACUGGCGAUGUGGUCAUCACCAAGAUCUUCUUCCAGGACGAGCACGAGCGGGCCAAGGAGACGGCAUUGCUGAGCAAUUCGCCCACAAAGCGUGUGGCCUCCACCACAUAAAUCUUCGAACAAUGAUUCCUAACAAGCCAAUCAAAGCGCCGACAUAUAACGUAUUAUUAUUUAAAUGUUUUUAACUGUUGCGAGGAGAAAACAAAAACGACGACGAAGAUGAAGAUGAAGACAAAAAGACGGUGUAGCGGACUAGCGACCCAUGCAAUAAUAAUUAUCUUUUAUGGUAUAUCCAAUUGAGAAGCAAUAUAUUUUGUGCCUAAAUGUUGAACAUUGCAAUAACAAUAAUAUAUUAUAUUUGUAUAUGAUUUUUCCCAAUUGUUGAACGAACGAACGAAUCGCACUUCUCAGCAGGGACCGACCCCGGACUCAGGUCUGAGAAUUUGUGUUGCAUUCGAUGGAUGGAUAGCGCCAAAACAAUCAUUGAAAAUGUAUGUGUAAAUGUGACAUAGAAAGCUUUUGCGAUGAUUAUUAAUAAUUAUUUAAAUCUGCGUUGGACCAAUGCGUGUAUUAGAUCGAAAUGAAAAUGAAUUGAAGUGAAAGCAAUUUUUAGUAGAGUUUUUCCUAAUAUCUUUGUCGCCAUAUCAGAAAGUGAACUUAUUGUAUUUUAACCAUAAUUAUUAAUACUUUAUACACAACCCAAAACUAUAACUAAAACAAUUAUUAUCCAACUCAAUUUUAGUUUAACCAAACAAACAAACUUAUUAAUUAAAUUAACAACAAAGCAAUUGUGUAAUCAAAUCUAAGUAAAACAUAUUCAUACAUAAAUGAGAAUUAAUUGUAAAGGAGAAAAAAGCAUAUUGAAAUUGUACGAUUAUAAAUUAAAGAGAACAAUUGUAUAUA